GUCAGACUGAGAAGCCCUGCAAUGAGAACGCUCCAGACAAUCUUCAUAGAACACACCACGCUGCACUCAAAAGAGCCAAGCCAUGUCCGUUCGGUUGGAUACUAUCCAAUCUCUCGGGAGAAACCUGAAGGAUUGGUGCCGACAUACCCUUCCCCUGAUUUGUUUGGCCCGAUACUCGUCCGAUCGGCCCAUCGAUUGGUUUUUCUUUUGGAUCGGUUACAAGUGUUGUUGUAGGUGCUGGGGAUUGGGGAAAGGUUUUCGAACAAACAGGAAUUCAAAUGCGAGUGCGAGUGCGAAUAAGAAUGUGUUAUCUGUUGAUGGAGUKGAAUUGGAUAGUCCCACGGGAAAGCUCAAGAAGAAGGGACAAACGUUACAGGAAAGAGAUACGAGCGAUACCUUUAUGCACAAUUCUAUCGAAAGCAUACAGCUCACGGACCUGCCAUCUGUCGUGAUUUCGAACGUGGCUUGUUGCUUGCAUGUGAAAGAUAUGACGGCCCUGGAUGUUGCAAUCCGGUCAGGUUGUUCGGCUGCUUUUAUUGCUUCCGAUGAGCAACAAGAAAGCCAAACAACAACAAUAACACAAUCAAGACGCGACGCUUCAGUAAUUCUACACGACGUUUGGAAGCGACUCUGGUAUCGCGAUUACGGCGACGUCUUGCUCAGGUGGAGAAUUUCUCGGGAGGCACUUCAACGUUCUCUGGCGUCGUUGGGAACAAAGGUAUCACGUUCUUGCGACAGGAACCAAUGGCUGGAAGAGGAGCUCUCGCGUUUUCUCGACGACAACAAGAGCACGAAAGACUUUUAUUUUAUAUUUGGGGAAUGCUACAUGGACUAUAUUUUGGCCGGGAACAACAAAGCCGACGGCUGCUACCUCGGCUUACACGGGCACGUCUUUGAUUUUACUACCUUUGCCGACUACCACCCCGGCCUCGUCGAACCCAUUUUGAAGGAAUGCGGAGGCGAUGCUACGUUUUUCUUCGAGGACCUCCCCCACUCGGAAGGGGCCCGGAGGAUCGCCGAGCGGCUCUGCGUGGUGGUGCACCACGGAUCCAUGGACCGUUCCAGAGACGGCGAGCCCAGUGGCGGCCACCGGUGCGGCCUGGAGCUGGUGAAGAGCGGGGCAGAGGACGCCUCGGAACUGGAGCGGGUGCUUCGAUCUUCGAACACCCGCCCGCCCCCCCUCGCGGACCAAAAAGGAAGCGGCCGGAGUCGAAACCACCGAUGGAAGGCGCACCACGUCCUCCCUCGCCGCCGCAUGCCUAUGCGGCACGCGACGCUAGAAAGGAUCCGGACCAAGUUCCACGAAGAACGGUCGUCGCAAUUGGAAUUGCUGCGGCGGCAGCUACAAACGCAACAAAACCGGUUUUGGAAGCAAGUAGACAAAGAAUCGUUGAAAACCCGCAUUUAUUACGAUCCGUUUCUUGAAGAAUGGAUUCGAUGGGCCCCAUAGUGCAGUGAAAUUGCGGGAAUGCUGCAGCACUAGGUUGAAUUGGACUGGAACAGAAAUGUGGUCCGAUAAAGAAAGAGCUUAUACGCUUUCGAAACAAUCCUAACCGCACAGAACAAAAUUGUUACAUUGGAACAACAUUUCUGUACAAAGUAACUAAAACAUAAGAAGAAUA